CCAACUUAAGAGCCUGCCAGCCUGGUGGUGUUUUGCAGACCGCGAACCGGUCCGAGUCCAUCCCAACGAAAUUCGGGUGGGUCUGCUCAAGCCGUCUAAGCAAGUUGACCCAACGCGUAGACACUUGACCAGCGUAUCAUCAACUUCCGGCCUUCCGCAGUCGAAAUUCUCCAUUGAUGGAACUGGAAAAACUCUCCAUGGAUUAUUUAGCACAAGCUCCCAUCGCCUUAGCAAUGGCGAAGCACGAGCUGCCUUUCGCUCUCGCCUUUUCUUCGUUUCUCCUCUUCGUCACCGUCGUCUCCUCCUCCUCCUUCUCCCCCGUCGACCACUACCUCAUCAAUUGCGGGUCCCAGGGCAGCGCCGUCGACCUCGACCACCGCCGUUUCGACGGAGACUCGUCAUCGAAUUCGCCUCUGAUCUCUCCAUCCCACUCGGUUUCGCUCGCCGACUCGGACCCUCGUCCCGGAUCAUCCCCGAUUUACCACACGGGUCGGGUCUUCAACCGGCCAUCCAAGUACGCUUUCAGUAUCAGAGAUCCGGGCGCUCAUCUCGUACGCCUCCAUUUCCAGGUACUGAACACGGGUCUCGAUUAUUCCAAUGCUCAAUUCUACGUUUUGGCGAAUGAGUAUGUGUUGUUGAACAGUUCUAGCAUCGAAGCGAUCUGGAAUUCCGCGGUGAUCAGAGAUUACGCAAUUAGGGUUGAUUCGGAUAAGCUCGUGAUCGCCUUCGUCCCCUCUGAGAAAUCAAAAUUCGCUUUCGUCAAUGGAAUCGAAGUACUUUCAGCUCCAAAAGAUUUGAUUGCAGAUUCAGCUCAGGAUCUCAAUUCUCAUAAAAACGAACGAAUCGAUGGAUUAUCGAAGAAUGCUCUAGAAACAGUGUACAGAGUCACCAUGGGAGGGCCGAAAGUAACCCCAUUCAACGACACUCUGUGGAGAACUUGGCUGCCUGAUGAUGAGUUCUUGGUGAAGCCUGGCGGCUCUUCAAAGGCCUACUAUGGCGGCCAUAUACAGUACCAGGCUGGCGGCGCAAGCCGAGAAGUGGGCCCGGAUAAUAUGUAUAACACGGCAAGAAUCAUAAAGAGUUCGAGCGAUUUGAUCCCCAAAGCUAACAUCUCAUGGGCUUUUCCUGUGGAAGAGAGCUACAAGUACUUAGUGAGAACACACUUUUGUGACAUCAGUAGCUUGUCAAGUGGUCUGCUGUACUUCAACGUUUAUGUCAACGGGUUCUUGGCUUACGAAAACAUGGACCUCACGGAGAUCACAAACGGGAUGUUGGCAUCACCAUUCUAUGCUGACUUUGUGGUUGACGGGGGCGAGGGCAAUUCUGGCAUCUUGACUGUCAGUGUGGGCCCGUCUGAUAUGAGUGUGGCGCGCGCUGUGGAUGCCAUUCUCAAUGGAGUUGAGAUCAUGAAGAUGAACAACUCAAUGGGGAGCUUUGGUGGCGAGGUCUGCGCGGGUUAUGUUUUGAGGAGGUGGGGGAGGACAAGGAACCGGGACGGUUUUGCCCUUCCUCUGUUGGCCGGUGCGGUUUUCUUGCUGCUGAUAGGAAGUGUGGCUGUGAAGAGGAGUUUCAGGUUCGGUGACUCGUUUGUUUGGUCAAGGUUGCCAUUGGAGGUUCCUGAAGGUGUUUCAAAGCUCAGCAGCAUUCAAGUCUCAUCAAAUAAAGUUUGAUGUUGUUCAUAACUCAUAAGGCCACAAGUAUAGUGUGUGAUUAUAUUGGGUAUGUUGUAAUUGUUGUACUCCCUAUGUCCCAAAAUAAGUCGUAUGUUUACUAUCCACAGGGUCUAUUUUCGUUCACUUAUAUCUAUAUCUUCGUUACUCAUUUGAUACUACGUAGAAUAGUAUAGUUAUGUUAU